AAAAUCGAACCUAUCGGCUAAUCCAAAACCCUCCCUCCUCUACGGUAUGUCUGCCAUGAGCGCCUGCAAAACCCUAGUUCGAAUCUCAAUCUCAUCUCUAGAAUUCUCUCUUGUCUGCAAUCAACGGAACUUCUCUUUCAUCCCUCUUCCAAAUCACCCUUCUUUCUCUCCAAUUUCCUCUUCUCUGCGUUUCGCAUCCCUCCUCUCUCCAGCUUCUUCAAUUUCAUUGGGACUCACUCGCCACAAACUCCAUUCAAGACCGUACGUUCACGUCGCAGAAUCUGUUGCGGUAGAAACCACUGACUUGGCAGAUGACUCCAACAAAGACAUUGUAGAGCAUCUGCUUACCAACACCGACGAUGUAGGGAGGUUGAUGAAAAUGGAACGGAGGUCUAUGACCGGUGACGGAGGUGAGCUGAUUCAAUCCAAGCGGUGGUUUCCUUACCUCGAUAAGUUCAAGACUGGAACCACGUUUCUGAGCAGCAGUGAGAUCCUGGAAGCCAUGGAUCCGUACAUAAUGGAAGUGAGGAAGGAAAGGUUUAGUAAUGUGGUGAAGAGUAGGAGUUAUUCGGUUUGUUUGGUGGUGGAAGGUUUGUGUGAUUUCGGGAACGUCUCCGCUGCGUUUCGCUCAGCUGAUGCGCUUGGGUUUCAGUCGGUUCACGUUGUCUCCUGUGACAGCUCGAAAAGGUACAGAGACAAUCGCCAUGUUAGCAUGGGAGCUGAGAAAUGGUUAGAUAUUGAACUUUGGAAUUCCACACAAGAGUGCUUUGAAGUUCUGAAAUCACGUGGUUAUCGCAUUGCCACAACACAUGUUGGAAUGGAUGCGGUUUCUAUUUAUGACAUGGAUUGGACCUGCCCAACUGCAAUAGUUGUUGGAAAUGAAAAUAGGGGAAUAAGUGAUGAAGCUCUAGAAUUGUCAGAUUUGCAUUGCAGUAUUCCAAUGAAAGGCAUGGUGGACUCCUUCAAUGUUUCAGUUGCUGCUGGGAUCCUCAUGCACCAUGCUGUUUGUGACAGAACGUCUCGCCUGGGUAGUCAUGGUGAUCUGUCAUUGGAAGAAAGCCGAAUCCUACUUGCAGAGUUCUCCCUGCGUCACAGCAAGAGUGCAAUUAGCAUUGCUCAUGAAUUCGCAAAGCGGAAGGCAGCCAGCCCUGUUUCCAAACUUUGAAAGAAAGAUCAAUCAUUUGGCAUGUGGGUUUUCUGUUGUGAUAUAUUACAAAAUGUGAUUCCAGAGAAUCUCACAGGUAGUUUUGGUUCUCCAUUCUUUUUACUCACUUGGGUUGAAGCUGAAGAUGAUGUAUUUAAAGGCAUGUUGUAGACAAAGAUCAUGACUCCUGCAGUUCUUGUCACAAAUCAUCCUUAAAAAUAUCUGUUUUAAUCCUUCCCCAAUGAAACUAGUGCUGCCACCUUGGUUGUUUAUUUGCGAUUAGAGUUAUCAUUGAUUUUCUAUCUGACAGUGGGUUUUUGUGAAGGCUUUUGAUUGAAGGAAGAUGCAGCUAAAACUGAGAAGAUCCUUUCCCAACAUGGAGCAAUGUAAAUGUAAUCAAACUGGACCUUGUACGAUACCCUGUUGCCCUGAGGGGCAUUGGUUAACGAUAAUGGAAUAAUUUCAUUCAUCUAUUUUUUCCUUUUUA